AUUCGUCGACUAGCCAUCUCGAAACUUAGUUCCAAAUACCUAUUUUGUGUCAGAGGGCGCUACGAGAUCAGCGACAUCACUCUCUGGGCAGCUGACAAUCGGCAGAUUAUCGAUUACCUAAAUUGCGAAUUCCCGAUGUGACGAUCCGACCAACGCAGAUAGUGGAUAUUAUAACCUCUAAAUGCGAGUCCCCCAUCCCCCCCCGCCCAUUUCUAGUGAGACCGUAAAUUGUUUGUAAAAUUCUCGAAAACUAUCCGCGCGAAUGAAAAACAAUAUAACGUAAGCUGAUUUCACGUAUCGUUGAUAUACUUGCAUUCUAUCCGCACGAUAAUCCGAAAAUUCCUAACCUAACUUAACCUCUACUUCUCAUCACAUUCGCCGGAAUCAAGUCGGGAGGGUUCGAAAUUUGAUAGGAAAAGAUAGUAAAAAGCCAAUUCGUAAUAGAAAUAUGUUUAAACUGAGGCCAUCGCGACUUCGACUAGCCGCCAACAUGACGAGAAGCAACUCGACGAAUCCAACUAGCAAAGUGAUAGAACAACUGAGCAAGAGGAGCCUCCUCAGAGUUUCUGGCACAGAAUCGUCCUCGUUUUUGCAAGGUCUGAUAACUAACGACAUGAGGCACUUGGACGAGGGGAAAGCGAGCAUGUACACAAUGUUCCUAAAUACGAAGGGCAGAGUGAUGUACGACGCGAUACUCUACCGAACGCAUGAGACAGGAGUCUAUCUGCUGGAGUGCGACAGUCGGGCUUUGAUGUCCGUACAAAAACACCUCAAGCUCUACAGAGUGAGGCGAAAGAUAGACAUUAAUGAUCUGAGCAACGAGAUGAAGGUCUGGGCAUUAUUCGAUCCUCACAAAGCAUCGACUGAGUCGUGGAACGCUGGCGCCAACAUAACGAAGAAAAUUAAGCUCGAAGGACAGAUAUUCCCAUGUGAUUCCCUGGUUGAUAUCGUUGAUACCAGUUCGAGUAAAGUCAUAGAAAACAUCAGGAUAUACCCAGACCCAAGGUUCUCGGGUCUUGGUUUCCGCAUUUUAUCCGACCUUGGGACACAAACCGGAGACAUCGUCGCUCGCAUCGAUCCAGACACCGUGGAGAGUAAGGAGGUGUCUACUGGCUACCGAUCCCUCAUUUACAAGCUGGGAAUUGGCGAGGGCUGCGACGACCUGCCGCCUGGCAAGGCGCUACCUCUGGAAUCAAACUGCGAUUAUUUACACGGCGUCAGUUUUCACAAGGGCUGCUACAUUGGCCAGGAAUUGACGGCAAGGACAUACCACACAGGGGUGGUCAGAAAACGACUGAUGCCCAUUACCCUUGAAAGUUCCCCAUCUGAGCCCAUACAGUACGACCAGAGCAUUACAGAUGAGAGUGAGAAAUCAAUUGGUAAAUUGAGGGGACAUGUCAAUGAGAACGGACUUGGACUUGUCCGUAUCGCCGAAGCACUAACUGCUCAGUCUCUCAGAAUAUCUGGACUCAAGGGAAAGGUUUUAAAACCUGUCUGGUGGCCGCAGGAAGCUCCCAAAGAAAGUGCAUCGAUCGGAAAGAGCGAUUGAAAAUGAGGGUAGAAGGGCCUCCAAUGGAUAAUAUUGAUGGAGCCAGUAGCUACCACAUCUGCGGAAUAUUCCGAGUUUUCUGAAACUCAUAAGCGAGUAAACAUGGAGCCGGAAAGUACGAAGAUAGAAAAAGAUCAUGGCAAAACGUUUGAGUGUAGCUUUUGCGGAUUAGCGGAA